GUGAACUUCCCGAGCGUGGCCUGCAAGCUAAUGUCAUCACCUACAGCACGGCCAUCACCGCCUGCGAGGAUCAAUGGGCCCUUGCUCUGGACCUACUGCGGGACCUCUGCGAAGGCCAGCUGGAACCCAACGUGAUUACGUACAACGCAGCCCUCAGUGCCUGCGGCAGCUGUGAGGAAUGGCAUCAG